CCGGGAUGGGUGCCGGGAAGGGUAGGUGUUCUGUGGUUGACGCGUGCGCCUGCGCGGGUUUAUGUCGCACUCCUAGUUAGAGAAGCCCGGAUGGAGGACGCAGAGGCACGCUGUUGCCAUAGCAGUUUGGUCCUGGCUGUCGCGGAGGCAGAUGCGGGUCUCCGUGGCCUCAAUGUGAAGAGCUUAGAAAGACGAUGAGAGAACUCCCCCGGCCAUCUCUGUGACCCCAGCCGCUGCAUUUUACACAGAAAUGAAUGAAAAUGAAGAUGCUGAUUCAAAAGAAAGUGAAGAAUACGAAGAUGACUUUGAAAAGGACCUGGAGUGGUUAAUUAAUGAAAAUGAAAAAAGUGAUGCCAGCAUAAUAGAGAUGGCUUGUGAGAAGGAAGAGAAUAUUAACCAAGACUUAAAAGAGAAUGAAACAGUAAUAGAACACACUGAACAGCUUUCUGAUCCUGACAAAUCUUUGCAGGAUGAGAUCUCACCAAGAAGAAAUGACUUCAUUUCUGUACCAAGUAGUCAACCUUCAGAUCCCAUAUCAGAUUCAGAUAGUGAAAACUCUUUCCAGGAAUCCAACAUAGAAAGCCAGAAAGACUUGGAGGAUGAAGAGGAUGAGGAAGUGAGGAGAUAUAUUAUGGACAAAAUUGUACAAGCUAACAAGCUUCUACAGAAUCAAGAACCUGUGAAUGAUAAAAGGGAGAGGAAACUUAAGUUCAAGGACAAAUUAGUUGAUUUGGAAGUUCCUCCACUAGAAGACACUAACACUUACAAAAAUUAUGUUGAAAAUGAAGGGAAUAUGUUUGGAAAACUGUCACAGUUAUGUAUUUCCACUGAUUUUGGACAAGAAAAUGUGCUCCUGUCACUUACUAAUGGAAGCUGUGAAGAAAACAAGGAUAGGACAAUGCUGGUAGAGAGAGAUGGAAAAUUUGAACUUGUGAAUUUACAAGACAUUGAGAGUCAGGGAUUUUUGCCUCCUAUUAAUAAUGCGAAUAGUACAGAAAAUGAUCCUCAACAGUUGUUACCAAGAUCGUCCAAUUCCUCUGUCAGUGGCAUCAAGAAAGAAGAUUCUGCAGCAGAGAUUCUUGCUGUUACUCACUCAUCAAUAGGAGAGCCACUGGCUGAUAUCCCUCAGCCACCGCUCAACCACAAGACUUGUCCAAGCUCUGCUGCCAACUCAGAUCGAAGUAAAGGGAAUGGGAAAUCUAAUCACAGGACACAGUCUGCACAUAUCUCACCAGUGACCUCAACAUACUGUCUUUCCCCUCGACAGAAAGAACUACAAAAACAACUAGAACAAAAGAGAGAAAAGCUCAAAAGAGAGGAAGAGCAACGGAAAAUAGAAGAAGAGAAGGAAAAAAAGAGAGAGAAUGACAUAGUAUUUAAAGCAUGGUUGCAAAAGAAAAGAGAGCAGGUCUUAGAAACGAGGAGAAUUCAGCGAGCAAAGCAAAUUGAAGACAUGAACAGUAGAGCAACCAAGGUAUCCAGGUUUUCUCAUCAAAAUUGACUAGAAGGCCGGCAUGACCCAUGGACAGAAGGAAGAGCAGUGUAGUACAGCGGCCCACCUGAGAGCUACACAGGGAAGGAGAACCUUCUCCCCGCAACAAAGGGAGGCAGUGAGUGAACAUGCCACCAGCAGGGGAAACUGUUCUUUCUCCAUAGAACUGUGCAACCAUGGAUCAGACGAUCCCACUCGAAAAUCCAGGCCACGGGGGCCUAGUGUCUCAACACUGGAAUACGCAGAUUCUUACAGCCUUUCAGAUGGGAUCUGCUUAAGCCUACUGAACUUCCGGUAGGAAAGGCGACCAGCUGGCAGUGAGAAUUUCAAGCCACAGAAUGGGAGAAAAUUUUUGCAAUCCCUCUGACAAAGGGCUAAUAUCCAGAAUCUACAGGGAACUUAAACAAAUUUACAAGAAAAAAAACUCCCUCAAAAAGUGGGUUAAGUAUAUAAUCAGACAUUUCUCAAAAGAAGACAUUUAUGCAGACAAAGAACAUGAAAAAAAGCUCAUCAUCACUGGUCAUUAGAGAAAUGCAAAUCAAAAACACAAUGAGAUACUAUCGCACACCAGUUAAAGUGGUGAUCAUUAAAAGAAACAGCAGAUGCUGGAGAGGAUGUGGAGAAAUAGGAAUAUUUUUACAUGUUGGUAGUAGUGUAAAUUAGUUCAACCAUUGUGGAAGAUAGUGUGGCAAUUCCUUAAGGAUCUAAAACCAGAAAUGCCAUUUGACCCAGCAAUCCCAUUACUGGGUAUAUAACUAAAGGAUUAUCUUGCAGCACUAUUCACAAUAGCAAAGACUUGGAACCAACCCAAAUGCCCAUCAGUGAUAGACUGGAUAAAGAAAAUGUGGCACAUACACAUCAUGGAAUACUGUGCAUCCAUAAAAAAGGAUGAGUUCAUGUCCUCUGCAGGGACAUGGAUGAAGCUGGAAACCAUCAUUCUCAGCAAACUAACACAGAAACAGUAAACCAAACACCACAUGUUCUCACUCAUAAGUAGGAGCUGAACAAUGAGAACACAUGGACACAGGGUGGGGAACAUCACACACCAGGGCCUGUUGGGGAUUGGGGGCUAGUGGAAGGAUAACAUUAGGAGAAAUACCUAAUGUAGAUGACAGGCUGAUGGAUGCAGCAAACCACCAGGACAUGUGUAUAUCUAUGUACCAAACCUGCAUGUUCUGCACAUGUAUUCCAGAACUUAAAGUAUAAUUAAAAUAAUAAUAAUAAUUAAAUACAAGUGAAUACUAAAUAAAAGGAGUGGACUGUUGGACUGGAAGAUUCAAAUAUAUGCCAUCUGCACAAGCCACUCUAAAUAUAAAGCCACAGAUACAUUGAAAGUAAAAUAUGAAAAAAGGUAUACCAUGCAAAUGGUUAGCAUAAGAACACUGGUAUGGCUACAUUAACCUCAGACAAUACAGACUUCAGGAUAUUAGGGAUGUUUCAUAAUGGGAAAAGGUCAUUCAUCAGGAAGACAUAAAAUCCUAAAUGUAUACUCAUGACACUUUAAAAUACAUGAAGCAAAAGUCAACACAACCAAAAGAGAAAUAGGCAAGGGCACAAUGAUCGAUGAAAGUAUUAACACCACUUUCUCAGUAAUUCAUAGAAAAAAUCGGGGAAGAAAAUAAGCAUGCAGAAGAUCUUAACACUAUCAACAAACUAGCCCAUAUUGACAUUAAUACAACACUACAUGCAAAUGCAGAAUACACAGGUAUACAUGGAUGGUUAACCUAGAUAGACUGUAUACAUAGACACAUUUUCAUGUGUGUGUUUACAUACAUAUCACUGAGCAAGAGAAGCAAAUUUCAAAACAAUGUUGGAAAGACAUUGUUUAGCUAUUUCUUCUAAAAAUGGAAAUAAAAAUUAUAUCACCUAAGAUCUUUUAUUCAUUUAAUGUAAAACAGUCAUUCCACAAUCUCUAAAUGCUAAAUAUAUUUUCUGGAAACUGUGAUUCACAUUAUACACAAUAUCCCAGAGAAAUAACAUAAUGUACUUAUUACAGCAAUGUAUUAAUAAGCCACAUUAAUUAACUGCCAAAUUAUGCUAUAUUUCAGCUUCAGUAGAGGCAAAGUUCAUAAAAGUACUUCAGAAUACUAUUAGUUUGUGAUAUAAUUUCUCAUUAAAAUCUAUUUUUGAGAUAGAGUUGAAAUGCAGCAAAAAAUACUACAUAUUUACAAUAAAUAUUCAAAGGGAAAUAUAUAACCAUGAUUUCUUGUAAUAAAAAUUUUUUAAAUUAAUUAAUUAAUCUUUUUAUAAAGACAGGGUUUCACCAUGUUGGUCAGGCUGGUCUUGAACUCCCAACCUCAAGUGAUCCGCCUGCCUUGGCCUCCAAAGUGCUUGGAUUAUAGGCAUGAGCCAUGACACCCAGCCUAAAAAUUUUAAAAUAAAUUAUAUUCAGUAUGACUCAGGUUUCCUGAGAAUACAAUCCAAGAUUACAGCAUGAUAGAACAUACUGUACAUUUAUUUUUGCAAAUACACCAUUUAAAAAAUUAGAAUAGCCUGAAUGUCAUGAGGCCCGAAGACCUGUCAUCAUCCAAGAAUCUAUCAGCAGUAUGGUCAUAGCUGUGUUUUCCAAGGUCACUGACUGAAACAUAAACUCCUCUUGUCCCCUCUUAAACCUCUGAUCACUACAGCAAUAUGCUGUGCUUCUCCUUUACCCAAUCCCAAAUUUCUCCCAUCCUUCAUAAGCCUUGCUAGUUCUCUUUCCUAUUCAAUAAUAUAAAAACUCCCAAAUAUCCUCCAUCCUCCCAAGUCACUGAAAGGGAUCUGGCCCUAAAUUUCCUCUUAUGCAAAUUCUGAUUCUUCCCCAAGCCACAACUUCUUUGAAACAGAAGCUGCAUUUUCUGCAAAACUUCAAUUACUUUGGUGGUCAAAUAAAUUAAUAUUCUCUUCAUUCCCCCAUACCUCUUCUGAAUUGUAUUUCUCUACUUUCCUGAGAAAACUCAUGCUCCUUUGCUAUUUGUAUCACUUGGCUCUAUUAAAGCUAGUUAUCUAACCACCUCUGGUCACUCCAGGCUAAAUGUUCCUCUCCAUCCCAAACCCAAGGUAUAUAUUUAUAACUCCAUAGAAGAGCCAUUGCACAACCAGCCCCACAGACCUUUGAUUCCCUCAUCUUCUGUGUCUUUCUCCAGUACACUUGCCAAUUUCUAUGGCCAUAUCCUUGUUGCAAAAACUACUCCAUCCCUGAAAUCAUUAAUCUCCUAAUUCAUAUCUCCAGUCUCAAUUUUUCUCCUGAACACUAGACAGAUUUCUCCAAUUAAUCUUCAAUAUCUUCACCUGGAUAUUUUGUGGGUACCUGAAACUCAACAAUUUAAAAAUGGAAAUGAUAAUUUCCCCUAAAUCAGUAUCUUCUCUGCUGCUUCAUAGACCAGCACCAACAUCCACCAUGUUGCUCAACCUAGUCUUUACAUCUCAUUCUACCUUACACACAUUAUCUAAUCAAUUACCAAGUUCCUUCAAUUAAUACUCCAAAACAUAUCUCUAAUCUUUCUCUCUCUCUACUGCUAUAGCUAUAGCCCAACUCACCAAUGUGAUUUUGAUUUGCAUUUCUCUAAUGACCAGUGAUGUUGAACAUUUUGUCCUAUGUUUGUUGGCCGCAUAAACAUCUUUUGAAAAGUGUCUGUUCAUAUCCUUUGCCCACUUUUUCAUGGGGUUAUUUUUUUUUUCUUGUAAAUCUGCUUUAGUUCUUUGUAGAUUCUGGAUAUUAGCUCUUUUUCAGAUGGAUGGAUUGCAAAAUUUUUUUCCCAGUCUGUUGGUUGCCAGUUCACUUUAAUGAUUGUUUCUUUUGCUGUGCAGAAACUCUGAAGUUUAAUUAGAUCCCAUUUGUCUAUUUUGGCUUUUGUUGCCAAUGCUUUUGGUGUUUUAGUCAUGAAGUCCUUGCCUUUGCCUAUGAUCUGAAUGGUAUAGGUUUUCUUCUUGGGUUUUUAUGGUGUUAGGUCUUAUGCUUAAAUCUUUAAUCCAUCGGGAGUUAAUUUUAGUGUAAGGUGUCAGGAAGUGGACCAAUUUUAGCUUCCUCCUUUCCUAGAUGAAUACCCUUAAUUUCUUUUUCUUGCCAGAUUGCUCUGGCUAGAACUUCCAAUACUAUAUUGAAUAGGAGUGGUGAGAGAGGGCUUCCUUGCCUAGUGCCAGAUUUCAAAGGAAAUGUUUCCGGUUUUUGCCCAUUCAGUAUGAUAUUGGCCAUGGGUUUGCCAUAAAUAGCUUUUAUUAUUUUGAGAUAUGUUUCAUUGAUACCUAGUUUAUUGAGGGUUUUUAGCAUAAAGGGCUGUUGAAUUUUGUCUAAGGCCUUCUCUGCAUUUUGAGAUAAUCAUGUCAUUUUUGUCUUUGGUUCUGUUUAUGUGAUGGAUUAUGUUUAUAGAUUGGCAUAUGUUGAACCAGCCUUGCAUCCCUGGGAUGAAGCUGACUUGAUUGUGAUGGAUAAGCUUUUUCAUGUGCUGUUGCAUUCAGUUUGCUAGUAUUUUAUUGAAUAUUUUUGCAUCGAUAUUCAUUAUGGAUAUUGGCCUGAAAUUUUCUUUUUUAGUUGUGUCUCUGCCAGGUUUUGGUAUCAGGAUGAUGUUGGUCUUAUAAAAUGAGUUAGGGAGGAUUCCCUCUUUUUGUAUUAUUUGGAAUAGUUUCAGAAGGAAUGGUACCAGCUCUGCUUUGUACAUCUGGUAGAAUUCAGCUGUGAACCCCUCUGAACCUGGACUUUUUUUGGUUGGUAGGCUAUUAAUUGCUGUCUCGACUUCAGACCUUGUUUUCAGUCUAUUCAGGGAUUCAACUUCUUUCUGGUUUAGUCUUGGGAGGGUGUAAGUGUCCAGGAAUUUAUCCAUUUCUUCUAGAUUUACUGGUUUAUGUACAUAAAGUUGUUUGUAGUAAUCUCUGAUGGUAGUUUGGAUUUUGGUGGAAUCGGUGGAGAUAUCCCCUUUAUCACUAAAUGCCCAUGUGAGAAAUAAGGCAAAAUCUAAAUGGACACCCUAUCAUCACAAUUAAAAGUGCUAGAGGAGCAAUAUCAAACAAAUUCAAAAGCUAGCAAAAGACAAGAAAUACCUAAGAUCAGAACAGAACUGAAGGAAAUAGAGACACCAAAAACCCUUCAAAAAAUCAAUAUAUAAGAGUGAGCAGGCAACCUAUAGAAUGGAAGAAUAUUUUUGCAAACUAUCCAUCUGACAUAGGGCUAAUAUACAGAAUCUACAAGGAACUUAAACAAAUUUACAAGAAAAAUAACAUCUAAAAGUGGGCAAAGGAUAUGAACAGACAUUUCUCAAUAGAAGACAUUUAUGCAACCAAAAAACUUGAAAAAAUCUCAUCACUACUGGUCAUAAGAGAAAUGCAAAGCAAAAUCACAAUGAGAUACCAUCUCACGCCAGUUAUAAUGCGUUCAUUAAAAUGUCCAGCUUUGUUCUUUUUGCUUAGGUUUUUUUAAAAGAUCAACAAAAUAGAUAGACCACUAGCCAGACUAAUAAAAUAGAAAAGAAAGAAUGAAUAGAGACAAUAAAAAUGAUAAAGGGGAUAUCUCCAUAUAGUCUUUAACAUUCCUGUUUAGCUCAAUGUACUCUUCUACAUAUUCCUAUAUUCUUUCUCCUCUAAUAUUUUCUGUAAGGUUAUUGGCAGAAUAUAAGAAGACUAUAAAUAUUUGUAUAUGAUGUAAAAGGCCACUUUGCUAAUGCUUUGCUAAUAUUUAUACUACCUUUCAUUUUUUUCCACCUUUAUUUCUUCUAAAAAAAAAAACAGGAUACAUGUAUAGAAUGUGCAGGUUUGUUACAUAGGUAUAAGUGUGCCAUCAUGGUUUGCUACACUUAUUGACCCACUCUCUAAGAUCCCUCCCCCUCAUUCCCACCUCACAACAGGGCCUGGUGUGUGAUGUUCCCCUUCCUGUGUCCAUGUGUUCUCAUUGUUCAACUCCCACUUAUGAGUGAGAACACGUGUUAUUUGGUUUUCUUUUCCUGUGUUAGUUUGCUGAGAAUGAUGGUUUCCAGCUUCAUCCAUGUCCCUGCAAAGGCCAUGAUCUCACUCCUUUUUAUAACUGCAUAGAACUCCAUGGUGUAUAUGUGCCACAUUUUCUUUAUCCAGUCUAUCAUUGGUGGGCAUUUGGCUUGGUUCCAUGACUUUGCUAUUGUAAAUAAUGCUACAGUAAACAUACAUGUGCAUGUGUCUUUACAGUAGAUGAUUUAUAUUCCCUUGAGUAUAUACCCAGUAAUGGGAUUGCUGGGUCAAAUGGUAUUUCUUCUGGUUUCAGAUCCUUGAGGAAUUGCCAUAAUGUCUUCCACAAUGGUUGAACUAAUUUACAUUACCAUCAACAGUGUAAAAGUGUUUCUAUGUCUCCGCAGUCUCGCCAGCAUCUAUUGUUUUCUGACAUUUUAAUGAUUGCAUUAUAACUGGCAUGAGAUGGUAUCUCAUUGUGAUUUUGCUUUGCAUUUCUCUUAUGACCAGUAAUGAUGAGAUUUUUUCAAGUUUUUUGGUUGCAUAAAUGUCUUCUAUUGAGAAAUGUCUGUUCAUAUCCUUUGCCCACUUUUAGAUGUUAUUUUUUCUUGUAAAUUUGUUUAAGUUCCUUGUAGAUUCUGUAUAUUAGCCCUUUGUCAGAUGGAUGGUUUGCAAAAAUAUUCUUCCAUUCUAUAGGUUGCCUGCUCACUCUGAUGAUGGUUUCUUUUUCUGUGCAGAAGCUCUUUAAUUAAAUACCAUUUGUCAAUUUUGGCUUUGUUGCCACUGCUUUUGGUGUUUUAGUCAUGAAGUCUUUGCCCAUGCCUGUGUCCUGAAUAGUAUUGUCUAGGUUUUCUUCUAGGGUUUUUAUGGUUUUAGGUCUUAUAUUUAAGUCUUUAAUCCAUCUUGAGUUAAUUUUUGUGUAAGGUGUAAGGAAGGGGUCCUUUUUCAGUUUUCUGCAUAUGGCUAGCCAGUUUUCCCAGCACCAUUUAUUAAAUGGGGAAUCCUUUCCCCAUUGCUUGUUUUUGUCAGGUUUUUCAAAGAUCAGAUGGUUGUAGAUGUGUGGUAUUAUUUCUGAGGCCUCUGUUCUGUUCCAUUGGUCUAUAUAUCUGUUUUGGUACCUGUACCAUGUUGUUUUGGUUACUGUAGGCUUGUAGUAUAGUUUUAAGUCAGGUAGCAUGAUACCUCCAGCUUUGUUCUUUUUGCUUAGGAUUGUCUUGGCUAUGCAGGCUCUUUUUUGGUUCUAUAUGAAAUUUAAAGUAAUUUUUUUUCUAAUUCUGUGAAGAAAGUCAGUGGUAGCUUGCUGGGGAUAGCAUUUAACCUGUAAAUUACUUUGGGAAGUAUGGUCAUUUUCAUGAUAUUGAUUCUUCCUAUCCUUGAGCAUGGGAUGUUUUCCCAUUUGUUUGUGUCUUCUCUUAUUUCCUUGAGCAGUGAUUUGUAGUUCUCCUUGAAGAGGUCCUUAACAUCCCUUGUAAGUUGUAUUCCCAAGUAUUUGAUUCUCUUUGUAGCAAUUGUGAAUGGGAGUUUGCUCAUGAUUUGGCUUUCUGUUUAUCUGUUAUUGGUGUAUAGGAAUGCUUGUGAUUUUUGCACUUUGAUUUUGUAUCCUGAGACUUUGCUGAAGUUGCUUAUCAUCUUAAGGAGAUUUGGGGUUGAGGUGAUGGGGUUUUCUAAAUAUACAAUCAUGUUGUCUGCAAACAGACAAUUUGACUUCCUCUUUUCCAUUUGAAUACUCUUUAUUUCUUUCCCUUGCCUGAUUGCUUUGGCCAGAACUUCCAAUACUAUGUUGAAUAAGAGUGAUGACAGAGGGAUUCCUUGUCUUGUGCUGGUUUUCAAAGGGAAUGCUUCCAGUUUUUGCCCAUUCGGUAUAAUAUUGGCUGUGGGUUUGUCAUAAAUAGCUCUUAUUAUUUUGAGAUACAUUCCAUCAACACCUAGUUUAUGGAAAGUUUUUAACAAGAAGGGAUAUUGAAUUUUAUCCAAAGCAUUUUCGGCAUCUAUUGAGAUAAUCGUGGUUUUUGUCAUUCAUUCUGUUUAUGUGCUGGAUUUCGUUUUUUGAUUUGAGUAUGUUAAACCAGCCUUGCAUCCCUGGGAUGAAGCCAACUUUGUCGUGGUGGGUAAGCUUGUAGAUGUGCUGCUAGAUUUGGUUUGCCAGUAUUUUAUUGAGGACUUUGACAUUGAUGUUCAUCAGGGAUAGUGGCCUGAAAUUUUCUUUUUUUGUUGUGUCUCUGCCAGGUUUUGGUAUCAGGAUGAUACUUGCCUCAUAAAAUGAGUUAGAGAGGAGUCCCUCUUUUUCUAUUGUUUAGAAUAGUUUCAGAAGGAAUGGUACCAGCUCUUUUUUGUACCUCUGGUCGAAGUUGUCUGUGAAUCCAUCUUGUCCUGGGCUUCUUUUGGUUGAUAGGCUGUUAAUUACUGCCUCAAUUUUAGAACGUGUUAUUGAUCUAUUCAGGGAUUCAACUUCUUCCUGUUUUAGUCUUGAGAGGGUGUAUGUGUCCAGGAAUUUAUCCAUUUCUUCUAGAUUUACUGGUUUCUUUGUAUAGAGGUGUUUAUAGUAUUCUCUGAUGAUAGUCUGUAUUUCUGUGGGAUCAGUGGUAAUAUACUCUUUAUCAUUUUUUAUUGUUUCUAUUGAUUUUUCUCUCUUUUCUUCUCUGUUAGUCUGAUCUGUGGUCUAUGUUUUUUUUUAAACACCAGGUCGUGGAUUCAUUGAUUUUUUGAAGGGAUUUUCAUGUCUCUAUCUCCUUCAGUUCUGCUCUGAUCUUAGUUAUUUCUUAUCAUAUGCAAGCUUUUGAGUUUGUUUGCUCUUGCUUCUCUAGUUCUUUUAAUUGUGAUAUUAGGGUGUUGAUUUUAGAUCUUUCCUGCUUUAUCUUGUGGACUAUACAUUUCCCUCUAAACACUGCUUUAGGUGUGUCCAAGGCAUUCUGGUAUGUUGUGUUUUUGUUCCCACUGAUUUCAAAGAACUUAUUUAUUUCUCUCUUCAUUUAGUUAUUUACCCAGUAAUCAUUAAGGAGCAAGCUGUUUAGUUUCCAUGUAGUUGUGUGGUUUUGGGUGAGUUUCUUAAUCCUGAGUUCUAAUUUGAUUACACUGUGGUCUGAGAGACUGUUAUGAUUUCUGUCCUUUUGCAUUUGCUGAGGAGUGUUUUACUUCCAGUUAUGUGGUUAAUUUUAAAAUAAGUGUGAUGUGGUGCUGAGAAGAAUGUAUAUUUAGGGUAGAGAGUUCUGUAGAUGUCUAUUAGGUCUGCUUGGUCAAGAUCUGAGUUCAAGUCCUGGAUAUCCUUGUUAAUUUUUUGUCUUGUUGAUCUGUUUAAUAUUGACAGUGGGGUGUUAACGUUUCCCACUAUUAUUGUGUGGGAGUCUAAGUCUCUUUGAAGGUCUCUAAGAACUUGUUUUAUGUAUCUGGGUGCUCCUGUAUUGGGUAAAUAUAUAUUUAGGAUAGUGUGUCAUUAUGUAAUACCCUUCGUUGUCUUUUUUGAUCUUUGUUGGUUUAAACUCUGUUUUGUCAGAUACCAGGAUUGCAACCCCUGCUUUUUUUGUUUUGCUUUCCAUUUGCUUGGUAAAUGUUUUUCCAUUCCUUUUUUUUGGAUCCUGUGUGUGUCUUUGCAUGUGAGAUGGGUCUUCUGAAUACAGCACACCGGUUGGUCUUGACUCUUUAUCCAAUUUGCCAAUCUGUGUCUUUUAAUUGGGGCAUUUGGUCUGUUUACAUUUAAGGUUAAUAUUGUUAUAUGUGAAUUUGAUCCUGUCAUUAUUAUUCUAGCUGGUUAUUUUGCCCAAUAGUUGCAAAAGUGUCUAUGGUCUUUACAAUUUGGUGUGUUUUAUUCAGUGGCUUGAACAGAUUUUUCAUUUCCAUAUUUUGUGCUUCCUUUACGAGCUCUUGUAAGGCAGGCCUGGUGGUGACAAAAUCCCUUAGCAUUUGCUUCUCUGUAAAGGAUUUUAUUUCUCUCUCCUUCACUUCUGAAGCCUAGUUUGGCUGGAUAUGAAAUUCUGGUUUGAAAAUUCUUUUCUUUAAGAAUGUUGAAUACUGGCCCCCACUCUCUUCUGGCUUGUAGGGUUUCUGUAGAGAGAUCCACUGUUAGUCAAAUGGGCUUCCCUUUGUGGGUGAUCUUAUCUUUGUCUCUGGCUGCCUUAACAUUUUUUCCUUCAUUUCAACCUUGAUGACUCUGAUGAUUAUGUGUCUUGGGGUUGCUUUUCUUGAGGAGUAUCUUUGUGGUGUUCUCUGUAUUUCCUGAAUUUAUGUGUUGGCCUGUCUUGCUAGGUUGGCAAAGUCCUCCUGGAUAAUAUCCUGAAGAGCAUUUUCCAACUUGGUUCCAUUCUCUCCGUCACUUUCAGGUACACCAAUCAAAUGUAGGUUUGGUCUUUUCACAUAGUCCCAUAUUUCUUGAAGGCUUUGUUUGUUCCUUUUCAUUCUUUUUUCUCUAAUCUUGACUUCAUGUAUUAUUUCAUUAAGUUGAUCUUCAAUCUCUGAUACACUUUCUUUUUCUUGAUUGAUUCAGCUAUCGAUACUUGUGUAUGCUUCACAAAGUUCUUGUGUUUUUCAGCUCAAUCUGAUCACUUAUGUUGUUUUCUAAACUGGUUAUUCUAGUUAGCAAUUCCUCUAACCUUUUUUCCCCCAAGGUUCUUAGCUUCCUUGCAUUGGGUUAGAACAUGCUCCUUUAGCUCAGAGGAGUUUGUUAUUACCUACCUUCUGAAGCCUACUUCUGUCAGUUCAUCAAACUCCUUCUCCAUUCAGUUUUGUUCCCUUGCUUCUAAGGAGUUGUGAUCCUUUGGAAGAGAAGAGGUGUUCUUGUUUUUGGAAUUUUCAGCUUUUCUGCACUGGGUUUUCCUUGUUUUCAUGGAUUUAUCUACCUUUGGUCUUUGAUGUUGGUGACCUUCAGGUGGGGUUUUUGUGUGGAUGUUCUUUUUGUUGAUGUUGAUGCUAUUCCUUUCUGUUUGUUAGUUUUCUUUCUAACAGUCAGGCCCCUCUGCUGCAGGUCUGCUGGAGUUUGCUGGAGGUCCACUCCAGACACUAUUUUUCUGGGUAUCACCAGCAGUAGCUAAGGAACUGCAAAGAUUGCUGCCUGUUUCUUUCUCUGAGAGCUUUGUUCCAGAGGGGCACCCAUCAGAUGCCAGUCAGAGCUCUCCUGUAUGAGAUGUCUGUCAACCUCUUCUGGGAGAUGUCUCCCAGUCAGGAGGCAUGGGGGUCAGGGACCCACUUGAGGAUGCAGUGUGUCCCUUAACAGAGCUCGAAUGCUGUGCUAGGAGAUAUGCUGCUUUCUUCAGAGCUGGCAGAUAGGAACAUUUAAGUCUGCUGAAGCUGCACCCAUAGCUGCCCCUUCCCCUAGGUGCUCUGUCCCAGGGAGAUGAGAGUUUUAUCUAUCAGCCCUGAUUGGGGCUGCUGCCUUUCUUUCAGAGAUGCCCUACCAAGAGAGGAAGAAUCUAGAGAGGCAGUCUGGCUUUGCUGAGCUGUGGUGGGCCCUGCCCAGUUCUAACUCCCUGGCAGCUUUGUUUACAUUGUGAGGGAAAAACUGCCCAUUCAAGCCUUAGUUAUGGCAGAUGCCCCUCCCCACACCAAGCUGGAGCUCCCCAGGUUAACUUCAGAUGUUGUGCUGGCAGUGAGAAUUUCAAGCCAGGGGAUCUUAGCUUGCUGGGGUCCAUGGGGUUGAGAUCUGCUGAGCUAGACCACUUGGCUCCAUGGCUUCACCCUCCUUUCUAGGGGAGUAAAGCCUUCUGUCUCAGUGGUGUUCCAGGUACUACUGGGUAUGAAAAAAUAAUCCUGCAGCUAGCUCAGUGUCUGGCCAAAUGGCCUCCCAGUUUUGUGCUUGAAACCCAGGGCCCUGGUGGUUUAUGCACCUGAGGGAAUCUCCUGAUCUGCAGGUUGUGAAGACCGCUGGAAAAGCAUAGUAUCUGGGCCAGAAUGCACCAUUCUUCAUGGUGCAGUCCCUUAUGGCUUCCCUUGGCUAGGGGAGAGAGUUCUCUGACCCCUUUCACUUCCUGGGUGAGGCAGUGCGCCACUUUGUUUCGGCUCAUACUCUGUGGGCUGCAUCCACUUUCUAACCAGUCCCAAUGAGAUGAGCUGGGCACCUUUGCUGGAAAUGCAGAAAUCACCUGCCUUCUGCAUUGAUAUUGCUGGGAGCUGCAGACGAGCUUUUUUAAUUCGGCCAUCUUGCCAGCCUCCCUCUUAUUUAAUUAUAAUUAUUUAUUUGAUAGGUUUUAAUUGUAUCAUCUUGAUAUUUGUUAUUUGUUCAAUUACUUAUCCUUUUCUGCCUUUUUGUAGAUUAAUCACAUGUUUAAAAAAUAGUCCUUUAUAUUUUAUUUUCUAUAUACUUUUUAGCUAUGCCUCUGCAUGCUUCUUAAAAAGCAUUGCUCUGAUCAUAUUAUAUGUACUGAAUGUGUGAAAAAUUACCUUUGAAUAUAUAUUUUUCCUUUUACUGGCUGUGGAAUUUGAGGCUGACAGGUAAUUUUCCCCUGCAGCAUUUUAAAGAUGGUGUUCAAUUUUUUCGAAUGUCCAUUGUUUCUAUUCAGAGGUCAGCUAGAUCAUUCUUGUUAUUGUUCUUGUGUAUGUAAUAUGUUCUUUUCCUCUGGUUGCUUUAACAUUUUUCUUGCUUUGGCUUUUAGAAGUUUAUUACAUGUGUGAUUUGCUGUGAAUAUACCUAAUGUGGGUUUUGCUGAGCUUCUUGGAUCUUUAUGUUGAUGUUUUGUUUCAGAUUUGAGAAAUUCUCAGCCACUUUUUUUUCCUGCCUCAUCUUCUUUCUCUUCUUCUUCUGAAAGUAUAAUUUUAUGCAUGUUAGAACACUUGCUAUUAUCUCACUUGUUACUAAACUUCUGCUUACAGAAUUUUUUCCCUUUGUUCAGUUUACAUAACUCCUAUUGAUCCAUCUUUAGGCAUCAGUACUUCUGCAGUGUUCAUUCAGCUGUUAAGCCCAUUCAGGGAAUUAGUGUGUGUGGUUUUUUUUUUGUUUUUAAGUUUCCAUUUCUUUACUGAGAUUCUCUGUUUAUUCAUUAUAUCCACAUUUUCAUUUCUUAAAUAUUAGACCGGUUUGUAUAUAAAUGUCAAUAUCCAUGUAAUCUUAGCAUCUGUUACUGUUAAAGGCCUCUUUCUCUUGAUUAUGGGUCACAUUUUCCUGUUUCCUUAGAUAUCCAGUAAUUUUUUUUUAAUUGGGUAAUAGACUGUGGAUCUUUACCCAAUAAAAAUGUUGCAAGAAAAUCUAAAAUAUGCUGUUUUCCUUUAAAGGGUAUUGAAAUUUGUUCCAGUAGGCGGUUAAAUUAGUAUUGAAACCUCUCGAUCCUGUUAGACUUGGAUUUAUGCUUUAUCAGGAUGGGUUUAUUUUGGUUUUGUCCUUAUUCCUAGAGCAUGGUCUUUAUGCUAGGACAUGACCCUUACUUGCAAAGCAUGGCCCUUUAGGGUUCUACGUGGGUGAUCAAGGUAAGCAAUGAAGUAUUUUUCAUUCUGGUUGGAUUGGAACUCCAACGUCUCCAAAACUAUACAACCUUUGGUAUCUUCUUCAUUAACAGCAGCUAUUCUCUGUUAGAUCUUACAGAGCCUCACUCUACACAUACACAGCCCCGUCCAGAGCCUCACUCUACACAUACACAGCCCCGUCCUUGCGGAGGCCCAGGGGAAACCCCCACACAGACUUAUGGAGCAUCUCUACACAUGAUUCAUUCAUUUCUGGUAUCCUGCCCUGGAAAUUUAGCUGUCUCAGCAGCACCAGACUCCUCUCUCUGUUUCUUGAGCCCAGUGAGACUACUGCUACUUGAUGCUAUGUCCUCUCCUUCCUGUGGUCAGGAAAGUGCCACCAAGUACAGAGUUGGGGUGAAUAUGGGGGUUAUAUCAUGUAUUUUUCUUUCUCUCAGUAACCAUGCUCCAGUGUACAUUUUGUCUAGUUUUAUGGCUAAUUAGGGCAGAAGGGUUAAAUCUGAUACCAAUUACUCCAUCAUGAAUAGAUGCAAAAGUCUCCAAUUCAGUCAUUUAUCCUUUUUUAUAAUCAGAUCAUUUAAUCCAUUAAUAAUUAUUUGUAUAAUUCAUAUUUUAUCUUUAUAAUUUUUUCUAAUUUCUUAUAUUGGUUAUCCUUAUAAUUUUUAUUUCUAAUUUCUUAUUUUGGUUCCCUCCACUGUUGAGAGUUAUUUGCUAUGAACUUAUGCAGUGACAUCUUUGCAUACCACUGCAGUCUAUUUUUCAUGAUAGUUCUGCUUUAAUUUACCUUAACUUUUAAAAAUAAAUUAAAAUUUAUUUAUUAUACUAAUAAAUCUGGAAUAAUUUAAAAUAAUUAUUUAAAGCAUAGCAUAAAACUGUACAUUCAAUUUUUGAGCAAAUUAUGUUGGUUCUGUCUUCAGUGCAUAUACAGAGUCCCACUACCCUAAUCCAAACCAGUAUUCUCUUCUGUUGCCUGAACUGUUAAAAAGCCUGAUAACCGAGUCCCCUUCUACCUUGCCUCUCCCUCAUGUAGUCUGUUUUCCACAUUGUAGCCAGAAUGAUAUUUCUAAAAUGGUGAAUUUUUGAUGUACUUAUGCUCAGAAACCCCCAAUGGAUUCUCAUCUCAAAAUGAAAUGUUCCUACCUUGGCCAACAAGGUUAUACAUUACCUGAUCCCUGCUACUUCCCUGACUUCACCUUCCAGUCUUCAGCGUCUGUCACAACUUCACUUUGACUUCUUUACUGUUUAUUGAUCAUGCCAAACACAAUCCCUUCUUAGCUCCUUUGCUCUUAUUAUUACCACUGCUUUUCUCCAUGUAUCCCAUAACUUCCUCCCUUACUUUCUAUGUAAAUACCAUCCUUUCUCCUCAUUGCUGCCUUUAUUUCUCUCCUUCCCAUACUUUUCUUUUAAAUCAGACAAUCAGUAAAUCAGUCAUUCAGUCAGUCACUUAUUUUUAUCCUCUCUGUGCAAAACACUGUCCAAUACAACGUUCUGGGAUGAUGGAAAUUUUCUGUGUUUGUGCUGUCCAUUAUAGUAGCUGCUAUAUAUACAUGUGUGUCUGUUAAGCACUCAAAAUGUAGCUAGUAUGACUGAGGUACUGAAUUUUAAAUUUUAUUUAAACAGCCCCUAUGACUCGUGGCUACUGUAUCAUACAAUAUAGAAUGUGUGAGAGAGGGAAUCUUAAUUUUAUUUAUUAAUGCAACCCAGUACUUUAGUGCCUGCUAUGUAGUAAACACUGUAACUAUCUGUAGAAAGAACGGGAUACCCACCUAUCCUGCUGAUUCCUAAAUCCUUGACUCUUUAAAAAUGUUUCAACUUUAAAAUUGUAUUUAUUGACAAAUAAUUUUGCAUAUUUAUGGAGUAUAGUGUGAUGUUUUGAUGCAUGUAUACAUUGUGUAAUUUGCAUAUCUGUCACCUCAAACGCUUGUCAUUGCUUUAUGAUGAGAACAUUAAAAAAUCCUCUCCUCAUUAUUUUGAAAUACACAUUAUUGUUAACUAUAGUCACCCUGUGGUGUAAUACAACACCAGAACUUACUCUUCCUAUCUAUUGCUUCAUAUCUGGACUCUGUUGAUCUAUAAUUCCUGAUUGAACACUUUUCUGUCAUUUCUAGCAAUUCCCAGACUUCCAGGUGUUUGGCAAUGAGUCUUUAAAUCCAAGGGUCCUCUUUACAAAGUUCAGUUGUGCAUCAAAGAUCCUGGAUAACCUUAUAGAUUAUAAUAGAGCGUAUUUGGCAAUGUGGGUUACAAACAAGGGAAAAAUGCAAGGUAUAGGAAAUAGACAAGAGAAAUGCAAGAUAUAAGUUCAAUCGCAGAGCUUAUAUUUGGGGGAAGUAUUAAAUGAAUGUGUCUUUUCCUUUUGUAUUCUAGCCAGGAAUCCAUAUGAGGUCACACUUUUCCCAAGGGUAAAGAGUACCAAAGCUGUCCUCUUUCUCUCCUUUAUUCUCCAAAUAAGAGCUCUUUCAACUUUUGAAAAUUCCCCGAAGAUAAUAUCCAUGAUGAACUUUGAGAGACCACAAAAUAAGCUACUCCUACUAGCUUUUUCUUAUGUGAAAAUUACCAUGGUGUUAUCUUUGUAAGAAAAUUCUUACGACUAAAAAUUCUUAUGGCUACCCUGUACAAUUGUAAUUACAGUUUUGAAAAAUGGGCUUAGCAGGUAAGUAACUUCUGAAAGAUAUUCUUAAAACUUAAAUGUGUUGUAUUUGGUUUGGAUACUAGAAAUGCAGGUAUUGAGGCUGGCAUUAUUAUGAAAAAUUGAAGAGUAGGACAUGUAUUCUUGUACAGUCCAAUAGGCAGGGCUUCAAAAGGUAGUUCUGGUUUAUCUAAAUUAAGUAAAACUUGUUUU